GCCCGCGCGCGCGAAACGUGAAAUUUUGCACUUGAAGUCAACAUCAGCUGGGCGGCACAUGAGUUGUGACGCUAGGAAGGCCGGAAAUGGCAGGUCAGAAGCAGUAUAACUUGAUCGUUGCUGCAUGCAAGUGCAAAGACUCCCUAGGAAUAGGAAUUAAUGGUACGAUCCCAUGGAAACUGAGGACUGACAUGAAGUUCUUCAGUACCCAGACAUCAACAACAGCUGAGAAAGACAAGAAGAACGCUGUCAUUAUGGGUCGUAAGACUUGGCUGUCGAUCCCUGACAAAUUUCGCCCGCUACCAAACAGAGUUAACAUUGUUCUCAGCAAAACAUUAAGUGAGUGUCCAGCUGGUGCUGACCACCUCUGCCGGAGCCUGGAUCACGCAGUCAAGCUCCUGUCUGAUCCUCCUGUAGCUGAUGGAAUCGAUGUUGUCUGGAUUAUUGGUGGAAGCUCUGUAUACAAGGAAGCGAUGGAGUCCUCCCUUUGUCAUCGCAUCUACCUGACGCGCAUCCACUCUCAGUUUGAAUGUGACACGUUUAUGCCAGAAAUUGAUACCUCCAAGUUCAAAGUGGUCAGUGACCCAGCGGUUAGUGGUGAGCGACAGAAAGAAAAUGACAUUGAAUUCAAUUUUGAAAUUCACCAGAACAUCCAGCAUACCUCAACAUCUUGAACACAUCUAGGAAUUAAUUUGAACUGAGCUUUUACCCUUUUUUCUUCGGGGGGGGGGGGGGGGAGUGACUUGGCAAACUCUCUGUUCAUCAAAUAUAAAAUUUGAAGUAAAUACAAUAUGGGAAAGUUAAUGACGUUGCCUUUUCACAAUUUAUAGUAACUUGAUUAACUUCACUGAAGCGUUUAUUUUGUCUGAUGUGUAAUGGCUUGACAAUUGGUAAUAUAUUAACAUAUAAUUUAGUGCAAGGACUAUCUCUCCUUUUUUUUCUUCUUCUAAAUACCCUUCGGAAGUAUCCAAGAUGGUUAUAGUUUGAAGAAAUCUCACAAACAGAAGUAAUACAGUUACUCCUUCAAAUAAAAUGGGGAGUGAUUUCCCAAUUGGUGUGAACUAAUGACAAACGAAUUUUCAAAAAAUAUUAAAACAGUUAGCAUCCCUGAAAUAACGAAGAGCCAAUGAAGACUACAUCUUAAUUAACACGGGAAAACGUACUUUAUUCAAUGUUAAUGCUCAAUUUGGCAAAGUAUUUUUAUGGAAAUAUUGAUUUUUAAAUAAGGUCUUUGUCGAAGAUGUAAUCUAAAAUGUCCACAUUUCCCCAACAUUUUAAUUCGCAUGUGUUGACUGAGGCCUUGCAUUUCUUUUUAUUUCAUCUGUGGUUUUUCAGUACCGUUUCUUUUUAAAUUGCUGUAGCCAAAGUGACUUUUUGUUUCACAUCAUUUAAGUCAUAUUGCUGAAGCGGUAUUUUUGUUGUAAAAGAACAAUCUAUUUUGUCCACCCAAAAGUUUCAAAUAAAAAGCUUUAUAAAAAGAGCAAUAA